AUGAACACAAACCAAUACGAAAAACAAUGCGAACAACAAAAUUUGAUGAACACACUGAAAGAAAUUCAAAGAGAAAACACAAACAGAAGAAUAAAUUGUGGGCAGGUAAAUCGCGAAACGAUCCCCAGGAAGCGUUCACCUUGUUGUACGCUGUCACCAGUGUCGCCGACUCCUUUGAUUAAUGCCAACGUUUGCGAAAGACAGAGAUUACCAAAUAGAAAUUUUUGCACCACCGUCAAAAACGAAUGUGAGGUAUCUGAACUGACGACGUACGGAAAAGAAUUUAUAGCGAACAAAGGAAAAUUGGCUUCGAAAUGUGUGUGUGUAAAAUUCAAUGGUCUUCAAGACUCGUGUCGGCAUCCCGGGUGCUAUAACAAGGACGGAUGCUUGGACAAUCCGUUCCCAACGUGUUCACCAGCACAACAGUGGAAAACGGAUUACAACCCAUCUAAAAGAAAAAACAAUGGAUGCUAAGAUAUUGAACAAGCUGUAAACUAUACCAAGCACUUCAAUACUAAUA